CUCUAAUCGGUGUCUCCGUCCUGUGUCUCUCUUCAGGGCAGAACGUGGGAGGCGGACACAUGAAGCAUGAGAGGGUGAAGCUGAGGCUCAGCUGACCCUUCCCCUUCCUCCACCUCCUCCUCUUCUCCCCCUGUGUACCAUUUGGUCUUCGCUCAGGUCCGCGUGUCUUUUGUUCUUGUCCUCAAGGCGUCUCAGCAGGCGUUUAUUCCGCCGUCGUCGUCACAUGAAACUCUCUCAGCUCGACGGGUUCGUUCAGCAGAAGCAGUUUGCUCUGGUGCUGAGGCAGUAAAAAGGCUCAAGAUGGAUCUCGUGCAGCAGGUGGAGGCCGAGAGUCAUGAGCUGGUGGACGGCUCCCUGGUGGACCUCUGCGGCGCCACCUUGCUGUGGCGCACCGCCGAGGGCCUCUCGCGCACCCCCACCCUCAAGCACCUGGAGGCGCUGCGGCAGGAGAUCAACGCGGCGCGGCCGCAGUGCCCCGUGGGCUUCAACACGCUGGCCUUCCCCUCCAUGCGGCGUAAGGACACGCCGGACGAGAAGCAGCCGUGGGUGUACCUGCAGUGCGGCCACGUGCACGGCUACCACGACUGGGGCAACCACCGCGAGGAGCGCGAGGGCCGCCAGCGCGAGUGCCCCAUGUGCCGCGCCAAGGGCCCCUACGUGCCGCUCUGGCUGGGCUGCGAGGCGGGCUUCUACCUGGACGCCGCCCCCCCCACGCACGCCUUCAACCCCUGCGGCCACGUCUGCUCGGAGAAGACGGCGGCCUUCUGGAGUCAGAUCCCGCUGCCGCACGGCACGCACACCUUCCACGCCGCCUGCCCCUUCUGCGCCCAGCAGCUGAGCGGCGAGCAGGGCUUCGUCAGACUCAUCUUCCAGGGGCCGCUCGACUAGGCGGGGGCGGCUUCCCAGCAUGCUUUGCGUGAGGCAGACCCUGCAGUACGGAACGGGGGAUACACACGUUUGGUUUUCUUUCCUGUGCCGCUGAAAUAUGAACUUUGAUCCCGACUUUUUUGUCUCUCUCUCAUUUUUAAGUGACCUUUGUAUUGAUUUUUUUUCAUGAAUGACGACAAAGAUUUCUAUAUUUUCACGUGAAACCAGAACCAGACCGAGGACACUGCUGGCUUAAACAUUUUGUUUGUUCCUCAAAAAUAACUUUCAGCAACAGUAUUUUUCUAAAUUACUAACAUGUAUUCAUGUUUAUUGUUGCAAUAUCCAUGUGUGUGCAUCUCAGAGCUAAUUUAAACAGAGACGUUUAUUUAUGGCUUCACCCGUUAUCCGUGCGUAGUGUUUUCAUUUUAAAAUACAGUAUAUUGUUGAUCAGAUACAAAGUUUUAAAUGUCUUCUGAGGGUUUCGUCUUUCCCGCUCGGGUCUGUCCUAUUUAUACCCCCCUCGUCCUCUGACCUCAUGUGUCCACCCCUCCUUUCACGUUCAAAGCAAUAGAUUUGGAACUCAAACCUCACAAAGCAUUGUGGGAAAAUGAGCCCUCCAGACGUGUGUGUGACACUCGGAUGGACUCCUCCCUCCCUUUAAAGUCCCACUGACGCCUUUCUGUUGGUGAGUGAAUCUCCUCUGGUCACAUGUUGGCAGCGAUGUAGCACACACACACACACACACACACACACACACACACACACACACAAUCAAACCGGCUCACCUGCACAGGUAAAACGCUGAUAACGGGUAUUGAUCCCGGCAUUGAUCUGAAAUAACGAACCUCAGCUUGUGUCACGUCCGACACGCUUUCAGAGGCCCACGCAGAUUCUAAACAGAUGACUUGUGAGGAGGGGAACUUAAAACGUGCUUCUCUCUCUCACCUGAGUGGUCGCAGUGCAGGAAGUCCCGCCCAUCCAAACACGCUUCACUGUAGCCGUUUGACUCAGGUUUAAAACACACAAACGCACACGUGGAUUCAUGCUGCACGGUUCUCUGUCGAGCUUCAACAAUCACUUUGUGGUUGUUGUUGUUGUUGUUGUACGAGCGUUUGUUUAAAACUACGUAGGCCUGAAAAAUAAAAGCCUGCAGGUGAAUGAAAACGUUAAAUGAUGAAUCGUUGCAGUUAAUCCCAUAAGAGCUUUGAUUUUAUAAGAGAAGAGACGCUGAUUUGAGAUUUGACUUAAAUAUUUAUGUACGAUUUAACAAACUAAAAUGACGAAAGUUCUCAUCUGUGUUUCUUCAGUAAAGCAACGAUUCAAGAUGAAUGUGACGUUCGGUGCUCCUCGCUUAAACUUUUAAUCCCAAUUUUGGUCCAGAAAUGUUUAAUUUGAUACUUUAUUAAAUCCUUUAGCUCUUCAAACCAAACGCACACGACCAUCAAUCUAGAAUUGAACGAACCCGCCGAAUCAGAUCAAACGCUGAGUGUUAGAAGUGAGGUCAGAGGUCACAAAUCCUACAAUCGAUGACACGUGGAAGACGCAACAACACACACUCUGUUGAGAGAGACACACAGUCGUACUGUAGAAACCCAUUAGAGAGUGUGUGUGUGUGUGUGUGUGUGUGUGUGUGUGUGUGUGUGUGUGUGUGUGUGUGUGUUCAUCCUACCACGCACUCGUUCUCCAUAAACACGGAUUCAUUCGGACUCGGACUGCAACACACUGGGUCACCUCAGGGAGAACACAAUGACCUGUGACACACACACACACACACACACACAGCGCUAAAGUCUCUUGAGGUUUCCUUGUGAUACAAACGUCAGUUUUCUUCCUCCCGAUUUUUUUUGUUUGUCUCUGAGUAAAAUGUGAGUAAAGGGCUUCACUCUGUGUCUCUGUACUGUUAUCUUCUACUUCCUCCUCCUCUGCUUCCUCUUCCUCUUCCUCUUCCUCGGCCUCUCCUCGUGCUUGAAAAGGCAAAAAGCAAAGAAUGUUUCCAGCAAACACUUUUUUUGUAACAACUUUAAACAAUAAAGUGUAAAAGUGACACAUUUCA